CAAAGUUUCUAGAGCUCUUGAGAAUUGCCAGUGCCAAUUAUAGACGGCCCAUAGACUGAGCGGCGCAUGCAAUUCCCCAGUUACGCGAGAUCCUUGGCCGCAGUAUACAGGCCACUUACACUGGGCAUAGCUCAAUUGAACCUUUCACCACAAACCUUCAGCACAUACUCAUCUGCAGCGAUGGCGGCCACAAGGCGAUCCGCGCGCAUUAGCAACAAGGCGAGCGCCAAGGAAGCAGCUGAGACUGCAAAGACCACCACUCAAUCCGCUCCGAUCCCUCCAAAGGAGAACAAGCGAAAGAGAAAAGCAGCUCCCGAGCCUGAGCCUGCAGCGCCCAAGACACCAACCAAGAAGCAGCGCCCUGUUGCCCCCCCCUUAACUCCCACCACGAGCGUCGCAGCCCUCAAUGGGAUCAAUGGCGCUGCCCACAAGUCCGUCACUCGCCUCGCAGACCCAAGAUUCUCCAAUGCGACGCUGCUGUCUCCAGAGACCUCGCGGAUAGUCGCAUCGCGCGAUGCGGAAGCGGUGUCGCCGUCAAAAGCACCGUCACUCGGUGUCAAGACUACGACCACUGCAACAAUCCUGCAAGAGGCCUGCGACCAUCUGAUCAAAGUUGACGAACGUAUGCGGCCCCUGAUUGAAAAGCAUCACUGCCGCAGUUUCUCUCCUGAAGGGCUUGCGGAGAAGAUUGAUCCCUUUGAGAGCCUGGUGAGCAGCAUCAUAUCGCAGCAAGUCUCCGGCGCAGCGGCCAAGUCUAUCCAGAACAAAUUCAUUGCUCUCUUCUCCCCAGAGGGCGGCGAUGCGCCAUCUCAACCUGCCGAUGGCGACUCUUCGUCCGAGAAAAGAUUUCCAAUCCCAUCUGAAGUUGCGGCAUGCUCCAUCGAGCGAUUGCGCACCGCCGGCCUCUCGCAGCGCAAAGCAGAGUACGUACAGGGCCUCGCCGAGAAGUUUGCUAGCGGGGAGAUUACGGCUCAGAUGCUCCACGAUGCACCAUAUGAAGAGCUCAUGGAGAAGCUCAUCGCCGUGCGCGGGCUGGGCAAGUGGUCCGUCGAAAUGUUUGCCUGCUUUGCCCUUAAGAGAAUGGAUGUCUUUUCCUUGGGGGACCUCGGUGUUCAGAGAGGCAUGGCUGCCUUUGUCGGUCGAGAUGUAGCCAAGCUCAAGAGCAAAGGGGGCAAGUGGAAAUACAUGUCGGAGCAGGACAUGGUGGAACUGUCGGACAAGUUCACUCCCUAUCGGAGUUUGUUUAUGUGGUACAUGUGGAAGGUGGAGGAGACUGAUGUCAGUACUAUGGAAAAAUAGGCAAUCAGUUUUACGUUGUGAGUCGCAUCUGUAUAGAGCAAGGUAAGUCAGAUAAUUUUUAUGAUCGAAUAAUAGCACCGGCUGGGUCUUUUAUAGUAUUAAUAGUAUCAAAUCUUCAAUACGACUCCAAAGACGGAAUCGGCUAACCCG